GAAUGUAUACGCCUUCUAAAAGUCCCAAAGUGAAGGGUCCACAAUACUCUUUUCCUAUUCUCAAUGCUGAAGAAAUAGUACAGUGCUUGAAGGAACUUCAAAUUCCGUUUUCCGAAGAACAACUGAAGAAACCUACCUCGGAAGGCAUUCGAGCAACUUAUGAACAGAUUUUGGAACUUCUUCUUGGAAUAUCACGAGACGAGUUACAACAACCGGUUUUUCAAGCGCUCGAUGUGUUAUCUUACCCUGAACUUCACGAAUACUCGGUAGGACAGCUGAACUUUCACCGAAAUUUGCAAAAGCUAUUAGAAGCUUGUGGUUAUCACGAAUUUUCUAUGAAAGACUAUUUAAAACCUGAGUACGCUAGAACAAAGAAAAUAUUAAGUGCUAUAAUAAACUUUGCCAAAUUCCGGGAAGAGCGGUUGGUGACUUUUCUGGAAUUACAAGGACGCUCAGAAGAGAUAACAACGAGAAAGCAACAAACAGAAGAAGAGUUGAACGAAUUGAGGGAAAAAGUGAAGAAAUUGAGAUGUGAAGACGAGGAGAUGGCACCUUACGCCCAAUCUUUACAAGAGCAAGCCGAAGAAUUGGUGGGGGACAUUGCCCAAUAUAACAAAUCUCAAGCUUCUCUUCAGAAGCAAAUCAAAGAAAUGAAAGCAGAAGUUGCAUCAAGAAGCGAUAAAAUAUCUAGUACUAAAUUUAAUAUUUUAAAUGAAAAGCAAGAGUGUAAUAAGUUGCAAGAAAUGGUAGUACCUAGUCCUGAAAAGGCUAAGAAGGAGAUUGAAGAUAUGAGUGAACAACUGGAGAAUGACAAGCAGACCACUCAAAGUAUAGAAAGGAGAACCAAGGAUCUCAAGUUAAGAAUCAGCGGCUUGGAAGAUUGUGAAAGGGAACUUCGACAAACGUUCAAGUUGAUGCAAGAAUGCGAAGAGCAAAUGAAUGAAUGGCGGAUACUUCAAGAUGGGUUAUCUGAGAAGAGACAACGGAUAGUUGACUACGAAGAAGAGUUGAAACGACUGAAAUCUUCCGAGUCGCAUUAUCGGAGACAGUUGUCCAAUGUUGAAGAGCGAAUAUCACGACUACAGAUGCAAGCUGAAGAGAAGAAGCGAUAUGCAGAUGAAUCCUAUGAUCAAGUUUGUCAAGAUCGUUCUGAAGUAAAUAGAGAAAGGGAAGAAGUUGAAAGACGCAUUGAUAGAACCAACGUACUUAUUCAAACCACCAAAGACAAAAUACAAGAAAUGCUGAAUGAACACGAAAGGGAAGUGGACAAAGUGCGAGAAAAGUAUCGUACAUUAGAAGCGAGCGUGGUGAAGUAUCAUCGUGAACUUUUCUCUGUGAUGCAGUCAUUAUCAUCUUAUCAAGGCAAAUUCGAAGUUUCUACGAAUUGGUAAAACUUGUGUAAGGAUAACAAAUCCCUCCAUAUAGUAUCCGAUGUUGACAUAGUAAAUAGAUAUCCCAUUGU